AUGUCCCAAAGCCACUGCAGAAAACCUCCCCCUGUGAUUUGUCUAACAGAACAAAUCGAGUCGCUAGACUUGGCUGCUGGUCAGUGUGUGAAAUCCAGUUCUGCUUUUCUCGGGAAAUCUGUAGCUCCUGAUUGCGGGGAGGGUACUCCAAAAGAGCUUGUGCAAUACAUACACGGUAAACGCGGUUCCCGAGCUUUCACCAUCUUUAUGCUCUACAUGAACUCAAAUUCGGCUCAAUUUGUGGAGCGCAAUCAACAUGGACACAAGUUCAACUGGAACACCGUUCACAUAUUGGCUCAAGCGAGAACAAAGAAGGAACGUGAAUUCAUAGAAGCAUGGCACUCUACUGAAAAAGCUCUCAACAAACACAUCGAAAUUGAUCCAGUCUAUGGGCCACUGCAAACAAAAGAACGCAGAGGCGGACAAAGAGAAAAGGAGCAAACAAUCAGGCUGAAGCAAGGAAACUAA